AUGUCACUGUCACAGGAGAUAUUUCACGAGACCGGGUGGCUGAAGAGUGGAAAUUCUCGUCUGAUCGGAGUCCCUCGCUUGAGACAGAUUCGUGUAAAGCAUGACCUGAGCAACCAAUGCAAAGUACCAGAGAUAAUGCAAAACAUAUCUAGAGGAUGUCACAUGACACUGACGGAGGAGACAGAAGAUCGACGGGACUACGGGACUGGGUGGAGCAACAACAGUCUCUACGAUGUUGAAUUGUUUGAUUCAUCACCUUGGGAGUACACAGCACCCUCGUGGGGGGGAAACUACAUUGAAGGACCAUCAGGGUAUGAGUACCACAGCGGUGGUUACGUCGCCACCUUGCACCGAGACCUCAUCAAAACUAAGGCCAGUUUGUCGAGCUUGUACGAUACUAACUGGUUUGACGGGAACACGAGAGCACUAAUAGUAGACUUCACAUUGUACAAUGUCAAUAACGAUGUGUUCACACUAACUACUAUCGUAACAGAAAUUCUUACAGUCGGCAGCGUGAAGGUCGAGUACUUUUUUAGUUCGACGAGGUUUUCUAACUUCCAAAAACCGAUAGUACUGUUCGGUUUGACAUUUCUCAUCUUCUUUCUCCAGUUUGGUUUUUCCAUAAACAUAACGGGAUUUAAAAGAUUUUUAAGUAACUUUUGGAACAUUUGUGACGCUUUGAUUCUGAUGGUAUUCGUGUCGAGUACGUUGGUGUAUUUCCGCUGGUUGCUGAUAGUGUCCGACGGUAAAGACAAACUCUCCAAACAAGGGAAAGACGUUUAUUUCUCACUCGCAGAGUACUUAAACUUCACAGGGGAAAUUAGAGACGUAAUAGGACUUUUGUUUUGCCUGAUGUUGUUCAGACUGUUGAGAGUCGUUCGAUUCAAUGAAGACAUUAAGGGUUAUGUUUACGAUUUGUGGGCAUCAAGAACAGAAGUUAUUUUUGCAUGUUGGGCCACAGUGAUAUUCAUGUUUGUCCAAUUCAGACUCAUCAUGUUCCUCAUCACUACACCGCAGGCGUACAGUGUCAAAGAUGUUCUCAUUUUCAAGUCUCAAUUCAAAAGCAUGGUGAGAUACACGUACAAUCAAAUGACUGGAAAAGUGUUGGCUUACACUCUCAAUUUCACCUCUCAGCUUGGAAUCUUUACAUUCAUGCUUUCACAACAUCAUCACUUCAAGGAAGCUCAAGGAAAAACACGAGCCAAACAGAACGAGCGGAGAACGAGAAGAGCAGAAAUACUUGGCCAUUUAGUGUAAAAUACAGACUAAAAUUUCAGUGCAGCAUAAAACUAGA